ACUGCCGGAUGUUUCAUCAUCCCCACCAUCAAAGGCACUGUUCAUCUCGAGGAUAAGUCAGGCAUCUCGCUCCAGGACCAAACCUGUCACCGGGGCCACUGCGAUUCUCAUAGCCCUGAAGAAAAUGAGUGUCAAGAAGAAAGAUCUUAUCACCUUACAGGACCCUGAAGCCAAGUACCCGCUGCCCUUGAUUGAGAAGGAGCAAAUCAGUCACAACACCAGAAGGUUCCGCUUUGGGCUGCCCUCACCAGACCAUGUCCUGGGGCUUCCUGUCGGUAACUAUGUCCAUCUCUUGGCACAAAUUAACAAUGAAUUGGUGAUCAGGGCUUACACACCUGUCUCCAGUGACGAUGAUCAAGGCUUUGUGGACUUAAUUAUAAAGAUCUACUUCAAAAAUGUGCACCCCAAGUAUCCUGAAGGAGGAAAGAUGACUCAGUACUUGGAGAACAUGAAAAUUGGGGAUACCAUCCUUUUUCGGGGGCCAACAGGGCGCCUGUUCUACAAUGAGCCAGGCUGCCAGACAAGGGCUGCAGAAGUCAAAAACAUCUUUAUAUUUCUAGGAACCCUUUUAAUCAAAGCAAACAAAACAAGUGAGCCUGAAAAAAAGCUGGUUCACCACCUGGGGAUGAUUGCUGGAGGCACAGGCAUUACGCCCAUGCUACAGCUGAUUCGCCACAUCACCAAGGACACCAGCGAUGAGACCAGGAUGUCCCUCCUCUUUGCUAACCAGACAGAAGAGGAUAUCUUGCUGAGAAAGGAGCUAGAAGAAGUCGCCACGACUCAUCACAAACAGUUCAACCUGUGGUAUACCCUGGACAGGCCUCCCAGUGACUGGAAGUACAGCUCAGGCUUUGUUAGCGCUGACAUGAUCAAGGAGCACCUCCCUCCUCCUGGGGAGGACACGCUCAUCCUGGUGUGUGGCCCACCACCUCUGAUCCAGGCGGCAGCUCACCCCAGCCUGGAGCAGCUCAGCUAUACCAAGGACAUGAUUUUUAUCUACUAACACCUCCCACACUACUUAGCGGGUCCCUCUCUCUGCUUUAGAGUGAGUUUGGCUUCACCCUGUUCAAGUCAGGUAUUUGCAAGGUGUCUCUCCACGCACCCUUGGGCAUGAUGUUCUUUUGGUUGUGGGCCUAAGAAGUCUUCACAGGCUGAAGACAAAAGUGAUUUUUGAGCUUCCAGGUUUGGAGGCUGGGAAGGAAGCCACUUUCUCCAUGACUUUCUCCAUGGCUUAGCGGAAUAAACUGGACUGCUUUGCAUUUAGCUCACAAUGUGUGGAUAUGUAGAAAAUACACUGGGCAGUCCAGGACUUGCUGAUGUGAGGUGAGGGUGAAAAAAGAGUAGGGGUGUGACCAGAACCGGCAAUAUAGCAAUGUUUACGGAUAGCAUUCCAGCAGGAUCCGAACAGGUCUCUAUCAACCUAACCACCUAUGAACCUUCUUUACAUUUCUCUGCUUUGAAGGACAAACUCACAAGAGGGCAAAGGCCUUGUGUGGUCUUCCUUGCCUUGUAAGACACUUUUUUUAAAAAGCUGUAUGUCAGGGCAGUAAAUCCACAGUAGGUGGGCUCCAGGAAUCCCUUUCUGACUCCCUGCAUUUUGUACAGCAGAUGGCAACAUUGGGGAUAUUUAUAUUUUAGUAUCCUCCACCUUGGCACUGUGUCAAAGUUGGCAUGGUUAAGUUUCUUCAUUUCCCAUUUCCCAGAAGCUGUGCUUCAAAUCCCAUCAUUCAAACCAGACGAUACAGGGACCACUAUUGCCACCUGCAGGUCAAAGUAAGAAUAACAUACUGGUGCUCUGCUACUGCAGGGGUUAAAGCUCACCCCAACUCCAUUCCUUAUAAUCUUCCUAAUGGGCCAGAGGUUCUGCGGAGCUUUUGUUCUCUAAGUCACACAGGAGGAAACAGACAGCGUUAGUCAUGCAUUUCCCCAGCCAUUCAGACAGUGGGUGGCAGAGUUGUCUUUAAACCUGGAUCUGUUUAAUUUUAUGUCCUUUCGGAAGAACUGGCAAAGUAGCUGCAGUGUUAGCACUUGCUGCAGGAUUUGCUACUCAAUGUGCGUGUGUGUGUGUGUGUGUGUGCAUACGGGAGGGUGGGGGGUACAAGAAAAAAAAAAAGAGAGGAAUGGGGUUCCCUGGAGCUCUGCUAUAUCCUUGAAUCUCACCCACAGGGGACCAAACUCCGUCUCAAACAGGCCAGGGAGGGACACUCCCACGUUCAUUCACCCAAUUGUACUCAGUGUAUUCUUUCAUAAUGACCUCCUCGGGGAAAGACACAACGGCUCACUCUCUGCUACAUUGCCCCGCUUAGCCUUGAACUCACUCUGUAGCUCAAGUCAUCUGUGAACCCCACAACCCUUCUAUCUCAGCUUUCCAACUAAUAAUAACUAGGAUUACAAGCAUGUGCCACCAGGGUCAGCUGCAAAGCCUUUCACCACUGGACUCAUUCCACAUCAUUGGAUCUUUCAUUCCGUAGACCUUCUGGUGAUUUCACUCGUCACUGGACAAAGCCUGGAGAUGCUUUUGGCUUUCCUAGCUAGAGGAGGUGCCAAUGACAUCUGCACGGAAGACCAAGGAUAGUGGUGACUGGCAACUUGAUUAAAAGCAGUACACUUGGAACUCACUUAGGCCACACAGACUACAGCAGCUCAGCUGGUUUGUGUAUCGGGUACACAUGUGCAUAUAACCUUAAAGUGAACUGUGAACAUCUCAGAGGCAUACAAUGCUGAAGGGCAAAGUGGAUUUGGAACCAAAAGAAAGAAUAAAGGAAGUGAAGC